AUGCCCGUCCUGCGCCCAAGUGAACGCAAAACAGGCAGAGACGCAGUCGCUGGGGCCAAGCUCUACUUGGGUAAUUACUACAGGGAACAGAUAGUCCUGCACUUUCCAAAAUCCCAAAGUCAUACAUCUCCCCCUCGAUACCCUUUUCCCCAGCCGGGCCCAUUUGGGGCCCCACCAGCAGAUGUAGGCUACCUGCUCUGUUCUACUUCAGGAUGCCCAACCACGUGUGCCUGCCCUUGUGUCACGGCCUACAACCUCCCCUUGACUGACCCUAUUGGCUCCCUGUGCAUCCCAGCGGGCAGUAUUGGGGGCUCAGAUCCAUUACUCCGCAUCCAUACAAUUGAGAGCGACCCUUGGCACCCCAAACUUGAUCUUAAAGUCCAAGACCCUGUCGACUCUGCCUGGAGAGCCACGGUCUCUCAGGUACUGGGACUCAUUAUCCCUCGGGAUAUCGUAGAGUUGGCCCACAUGGAAGAGACGGUGGCCCUGACUGUGGCCAAGAUGCCUUCACCAGGUCCCCGUCCCAUUGACCCAAUAGGUGAUCUGGCCAUCCCUGAUCCAUUAGUGAACUUAGCCAUCCCUGUCCCAACACCUAUUACUCAGGAACCCCACACCUAUCAGGUCCCCUUGCUUGCCCUUUUGUCAGCUGUUCAAAAGACACUUGAGAGUUCUAACCACAUGCUGGGCAAAAAUUGUUGGAUCUGUGUUAUGCCCCAGCCUCCUUACUAUGUGGGGGUGGCACUAAAUGCCUCCAUCACCCCUACCUCCAACACGGAGGACUGCCAGUGGAACCAACCACGGCUCACCUUUGGGGAUGUGCAGGGAACAGGCCUUUGCCUUACAUCAUCUAACACCACUUUAUCCAGUUCUCAGCAUGGCUUCAUUUGCAAACAAACUCAGGAGAUUCAGGCCUCCAGCUCAGACUACUUCCUGGCCCCUCCAGGAGCCUGGUGGGCGCAUCAUGAUCACCUUACCCAGUGUGUCUCUGCUACUGUGUUCCUCAGACACCAACAACACCCGGAGAGCCCCCUGUGCAUCUUGGUGGCCAUAAUUCCCCAGGUCUCCCUCCUCCCAGGUGAGGAAGGCUGGCACUAUUUUUCCCUUGAAGGGCAACUGAGUUACCGUCAAAGGCGAGCAAUACUACUCCUCAUCCCGAUCUUAGUGGGCCUGGGGCUUGUGGGCUCUGCCGCCACUGGAACGGCAGCCCUAGUCAAAGGGGAUCUCAGCUAUAAGGCCUUAAGUGCACAGGUAAACACUGACCUCUCCCACAUAAAGCAGUUCAUCUCAGUCCUAGAAAAACAAGUGGACUCUUUGGCAGAGGUGGUCCUCCAGAACUGCAGAGGCCUUGACCUUCUUUUUCUCAAGCAAGGUGGCCUAUGCGCUGCCCUCAGAGAGGCUUGUUGUUUCUAUGCUAACAACUCUGGGGUGGUGCGGGAAAGCCUGAGGUUGGUACGCCAAAAUAUUGCCAAUAGACAGAGGAAGCUGGAAAACUCUGAGAACUGGUGUCAGUCCCUGUUCUGUACAUCCCCUUGCCUCACUACCCUGGUGUUGGCCCUGGCUGGCCCCCUCCUCCUCCUCAUUAUAGCUUUGGUUGUGGGCCCCUGCCUCAUUAAUCGUUUUCUGCAAUUUGUUAAGUCCCGCAUAAACUCUGUUAAACUGCUGUUGGUUAGCGAUCUCCAUUACCGGUUUGCAAAUUCUAGUCCCCCUGAUUCUUGUAACGGAUCUCCUGAGAAUGUGUCAAGGAAUUGA